AGUUUAACUUUUUUAUUUUUAUUGUAUUCUAAAAUGGAUUCCAUUAACAAUCCAGAAAUAAUGAGUUUAGACACUAAAACAAAACAAGAUUGUAUACUCAUGGAUAUUAUUAAAGAGUUAUGCUCGGAAAAAAGUUCUCUUUCAAGUAAAAUUAUCAAAAAGGUAACAAGUAUUAUAGAAGACAAUGAAUUAUUACAUUAUGGAAGCUUGCAUAGAUUAAGUACUGCAGAUGAGAGUACAUCAACAGUUUUGGGAGUUUUGCAUCAAACAUCGUCUGAGCUAACAUUUGAUGAACAGUCGGAACUGAACCAAGCAAUUAUUCACAAAAUACAAAGCAAAUUACCAACAUUUACUGCCGAGUUGGAACAUUUGAAGAAAAGUAGGGAUACACAAGCAAGCAACAAAAACCAAAUUAAAGAACUCCGUGAGAGUAUAAAUGAGAAAUUAUCUAUGUUAGAAGAACAAGAGAAUGAAAAGACUGAUCUGAUGAUGGACUGGAUCAAUCAUAGACUGCAAGAUGUGUUGAAGUUCAGUGAAAACUCUAGUGAACUUCUCACAUUAAAAACAAAGAUAAUUGAUCUUAAAUCUCAGAUUCUUAAUUUGCAAAUAUUGCAAAACAUUUUCACAGAGACAAACCAAUCUGUAAAAGCAUAUGGUGAAAUUCACAAGGAUCUCAAAGACAGUAUUGUAGAAACCGAAAAGCGUAUUAGACAAUACAAAGAUAUUGUUGAAAGUGAUAAUGACUGA